CACCAGUUGGAACCACCAUCUUUACAGGAUUCUCUGGGAACAAUGGUGCCAUGGACAUAGAUGAUGGUCCCAAUGGCCAGAUAGAAUAUAUCAUCCAGUACAAUCCUAAUGACCCAACAUCCAAUAGGACCUUUGACAUUCCUCUCACUUUGUCUGGAGCAGUAGUUUUACGGGAGAGACUAAAUUAUGAAGAAAAGACACGUUAUUUUGUUAUUGUUCAAGCAAAUGACAGGGCUCAAAAUCUUAAUGAACGAAGAACAAGUACAACCACCCUCACAGUUGAUGUGCUUGAUGGGGAUGAUCUUGGACCAAUGUUUCUCCCAUGUGUCUUAGUGAACAACACUCGUGACUGUAGGCCACUCACCUACCAAGCCAGCUUACCAGAGUUCACUGAUCCUACACGAGUGAACCCCAUCAAUGUCACUCCACCAAUAGAAGCUAUAGAUCAGGACAAAAACAUCCAGCCUCCUUCCGAUCGACCACGCAUCCUCUAUUCCAUCCUACUUGGGACUCCUGAGGAUUAUCCACAAUACUUCUGUAUGAAUCUUACAACAGCUGUACUCAGUCUCCUAAAGCCAAUAAACAGGGAUUUGCACCAGAAAUUUGAUUUGGUUAUUAAGGCAGAACAAGACAAUGGUCAUCCACUUCCUGCCUUUGCCAAUUUACAUAUCGAAGUCCUGGAUGAGAACAAUCAGAAGCCUUACUUCACAGAGUCUCUGUAUGAGGGGUUUAUUCUGGAGUCUUCUCCAGUGGGCACAACCAUCUCUGACAACCAGAAUUUGACAUCUUCACUACAAAUCAUAGCUUUGGACAAUGAUGUAGAAGAGACAAAGGAUCCACAGCUCCAUCUUUUUCUAAAUGAUUAUAAUACAUUUUUCACUGUGACUCAGACUGGUAUAACCCGGUACCUCACCUUACUCCAACCAGUUGAUAGAGAGCUCCAGCAGCUGUACACCUUUUCGAUGACAGCUUCUGAUGGUGUACAGGAGAGUAUGGCAGUUAUGGUCAGUAUCCUGGUGAUUGAUGCAAAUGAUAACUCGCCAACCUUCUCCAACAUAUCAUACAAUGUCAAGAUUUAUACAGACAUGAGGCCUGGGGAAAGCGUUAUAAAGCUCAGUGCCAUAGAUGCAGACCAAGGGCCAAAUGGGCAGAUCAUAUACGAAAUUCUGGCUGGGGACCAGGGAGACUUCAUCAUUAAUGACCGAACGGGCCUUAUCACUAUCGCUCCAGGAGUUGUAUUGUCAGUAGGGAGGUCCUAUGCACUCACUGUCAAAGCAUCUGACAAUGCUCCUCCUGCACAGAGAAGGAGCUCCAUCACUACUGUUUACAUUGAGGUACUUCCUCCAAACAAUCAGAGCCCUCCCCGCUUUCCCCAGCUGAUGUACAGUCUUGAAAUCAGUGAGGCCAUGAGAAUUGGUGCCAUUUUGUUAAACCUGCAGGCCACUGAUCGAGAGGGUGACCCAAUAAGAUACCUCAUCCAAAAUGGAGAUCCUCAACAUGUUUUUAAUCUCUCUGAAACUUCUGGACUUCUUGCCUUAGGAAAGCCCUUGGACAGAGAAAGCACUGAUCGCUACAUUUUGAUUGUCACAGCCUCGGAUGGCAGACCAGAUGGGACCUCAACUGCCACUGUUAAUGUGGUGGUGACAGAUGUAAAUGACAAUGGACCAGUCUUUGAUCCCUUUCUACCUAAAAAUCUAUCUGUACAAGAAGAGGAAGUGAAUGCUUUUGUUGGGCAAGUGAGGGCUACAGACCCAGAUGCUGCAGUAAAUGGCCAAGUACAUUACAGCUUGGUAAACUUCAACAAUAUUUUCCGCAUCACAUCAAAUGGUAGCAUUUACACAGCAGUUAAACUGAACAGAGAAACAAGGGACUAUUAUGAACUUACUGUUGAAGCAACAGAUGGAGCUGUGGACCCCCGCCGUUCAACAUUAACUCUGGCAAUCAAAGUUCUGGAUAUUGAUGACAACAGCCCUAUGUUCACUAAUGCCUCCUACACUGUCUGUGUUCCAGAAAAUCUACCACCUGGCACAGUCUUCCUGCGAAUAGAGGCAAAGGAUAUUGACCUUGGUUCAAAUGUUACCUAUCGGAUACGAACCCAGGAAGCAUUGCCGUUUUUUUCAUUGAACAAGUUCACAGGAGAAUUAUCACUUUUAAAAUCCUUGGAUUAUGAGUCAUUUUCUGGCACAGAGGCAACCUUUACCUUUCUAGUGGAAGCCUUUGAUAGUGGAGGAACUAUGCCUCCAGGACUUGCUACUGUCACUGUGAGAAUAAAGGAUAUGAAUGAUUACUCCCCAGUAUUUAGCAAAGCUCUCUACAGGGGAAUGGUUGCUCCCGAUGCAAUCAAGGGCACUGUUAUCGCUACAGUUUCAGCUGAAGAUCAGGAUCCUCUGGGUACACCAGCAAGUCGUGUAAGAUACAAAGUAGAUGUCAUCCAGUUCCCUUACAGUGCUAGCAUUUUUGAUGUAGAGGAAAUUUCAGGACGUGUAGUAACCCGAGUAAAUCUUAAUGAAGAGCCCAGUACGAUAUUUAAGCUAGUGGUCAUUGCAUAUGAUGAUGGUGAUCCUGUGAAGUUCAAUACCACCACUGUAGAAAUUGCUGUAUUGCAACCCUCUGUAAUUCCACGGUUUACCCAGGAUGAAUACAGACCCCCGCCAGUGAGUGAAGGUGCACCCAAAGGAACUCUGAUUGCUGUUGUAACUGCUGCGGCCUUGAAUCAGACGAUUGUGUAUUCAGUUGUUUCAGGAAAUGAAGAUGAUGUAUUUGCCAUUAAUAACAGAACAGGUGUUAUCUUCAUUAAAAAGCCUCUUGACUAUGAAAGCGUGAAAAGCUAUGAACUUCGGGUACAGGCAGACUCACUACAAGUGGUUCGAUCCAAUCUACGUGUCCCUUCCAAAAGUAACACAGCCAAGGUGUUUAUUGAAGUGCAGGAUGAAAAUGACCAUGCUCCUGUCUUUACCAAAAAACUCUACAUUGGAGGAGUGUCUGAAGAUGCUAAAAUGUUUUCUUCUGUGAUGAAAGUUAAGGCUGAUGAUAAAGACACUGGAAAUUACAGUGCCAUGCAGUACAGACUCAUCAUACCCCCAAUCAAGGAUGGCAAAGAAGGUUUUGUGAUCGAAGCCUAUGAAGGGCUUAUAAAAACUGCCAUGCUGUUCAAAAAUAUGAGAAGGUCCUAUUUCAAGUUUCAGGUCAUUGCAACUGACAAUUAUGGGAAAGGAUUGAGCAGCAAAUCAGAAGUACUUGUCUCAGUGGUCAAUCAGUUGGAUAUGCAAGUCAUCGUUUCUAAUGUUCCUCCCACUCUUGUGGAACAAAACAAAGAUCAACUUAUAGGGAUUUUGGAACGCUAUGUUCAAGAUCAGAUUCCUGGUGCAACGGUUGUGGUAGAAUCCAUUGGAGCCCGCAGAUUUGGAGAUGGCUUUUCAGAAGAGGAUUACUCCAAAUCUGACUUAAUGGUCUAUGCAAUUGACCCUCAAACAAACCGAGCUAUAAUGAGGAAUGAACUUUUUAAGUUCUUGGAUGGAAAACUUCUGGAUAUCAAUAAAGAAUUUCAGCCAUACCUUGGGCAAGGAGGACGUAUUCUGGAAAUCCGCACCCCAGACGUGGUGGCCAAUGUUAAGAAGCAGGCACAAGCUGUAGGCUACACAGAAGGAGCAUUGCUUGCUUUGGCUGUCAUAAUCAUCCUUUGCUGCAUGCCUGCUAUUUUAAUAGUUAUGGUCAGCUACAGACAAUUUAAAGAGCGGCAAGCUGAAUGUGCAAAGACAGCAAGAAUCCAGAUGGCCUUACCAGCCGGCAAACCAUCAAGUAGCGCUGCCAAUAAUCUCUAUGAAGAACUCGGUGACAGCACCAUUCUUUUUCUUCUCUACCAUUUCCAACAAAGCAGGGGAAAAAAAUCAGUCUUAGAAGAAGGAGACCGUCAAAGAGUAAUAAGCAGCUUUGCUUCACGUGCUAUUGAGGCUCACAAGCAGUCUAAUUUCAAUGGAUCGUUGAACAAUAAUCUCCCCAAAUCUGCAAGUAACAUUACAUUUUUAUCUGAUGAGAACCCACUAACAACUCAGAAUCCUUUGUAUAUGGAAGGUGUUGUUCAAGGUUCUCCCAGCUCUUCAUUGCUACGGAAGAGGAAAGAUAUUUUAGACAGUCUUUCACCUAGAAGAUUAGCCUUGAAAGAUGCCCUUUUGGGGUGCCCUUUGGGAGGCAUUCACCGUGCAUGGACAUUACCAAUUCGUAUUACUAGGAGACAUGUGUCUGAUGCUCUAAGUAGGCCAAUUAUCAUGGAUCCAGUUCAGUGGCAACAGGAAAGACUCAAAGCAGAGAGUGAAAGAACUGACAAUCAGCACAGCAGGGUUGAUAUUAGCAGUCCAAUAUUUAAAAAAAUUAUUGGCACCAAGUUAACUGUAAAAGAGAAGGCCAGACAGUUUGAGCAACAGGCUUUGCAGGAAAUGAAACAAGUGAAAUCCUAUGAUAUGAAAUGUUCACAUUCACCAACACACAGCAACUACCACGAAGGAGAAAACAUGCUAGAGUUGUCUCCUGAAUGUCUGCUUGCUUCUCCAUGCCAUCGCUCUCCUCCUUUCUCCUCUUUGACACCUUCUACUGAAGUAGUUGAAUUUCAAUCACUUGCAGUUCCUUCAGUAAUCAUCACUCAUCAUGACUGUCCUGAAGAACUUUCUCCUCCACCAACUCACAAACCGCCAACUCCUUCUUUUAGGAUAAAGAAACCAGUUUGCCAAAGUUUUCUGGCUGCUCAAACCAAAGUGGAAGUAACAGAAAGCAUUCCAGAUCCACCCAAAACUCCCCCUCCUCCACCACCCCUGCUGCCGCUUCCUCCUCCAACUCCUCCUCCAUUGCCACCACAACCUCCAUCUCUUCCUACCAUUUCUCUAGCCCUCUCCUCCUCAUCUACUCUAAGUACCCAGCACCUUUCCCCUGUAAAGCAUACUAAGUCCCCUGCCAAACAGCUACCAGUAUCAUCACAGGCCACAGCACCUGAGCCACCACCUCACAGGGAGUUGAAAGGAAUUCUCAAAAAUAUUCACAACUUAGCAGAUAUUGAAAAAUCUGUGGCCAACAUGUACAGUCAAAUAGACAAAAACCACAUUCUACCCAAGCACAUAUCCAAGCUUAAACCAAUUUCAGCAUCCGAACUGCCAACUACAGAAACUGUUGCUGAGCACAGCCAGCAGAAUGGCAACUUGAGCUGUAUAGUUGAGGAACUUGAAAAGCGAUUUCCAUCCCAGUCCACUGCAUUAUAAAAUUACAGUUGAAUUUUUUGAAUAUUUUCUUGUUAUAUUUUGUAUGACAUGGCUAUCACAGUACAUGUUAUCUGCCUCAUAUGUUCCAUAGUUAAAGUACUUCAACAUUGAUGAAAGAAUUCAGACUUUUUUCCUCUUUGCUAUAUAUUGCUAUUUGUUUGUUCCUGAUGCUAAACCUACAGUCCAUUUUCUUUGUCUGAUCACUCAUAACUUUGUAAUGUAUAAUAUUUUUAAAGGUAGUUCUGUCCACUCUGCAUUUUACUGUUUUAUUAUGCUGAUUUAUUUUCUUUGUCUGCAUGCAAAAGAUGCAUGGGGGGAAAUGUCCCUUUAAAACCAAUGAACUAUAUGUAGCAGGCAUAUGUUGACACUGCUUUAUUCUAAACACUCUGCAUUGUUUUGUCACAAGGGUACUCUAGUGUUGUAGGUUAUGUCAAUAAGCAAGGCAAUUAUCCUGAAAUACUGAAGGCAUAUCUUGCUUUACCCAUAAAGUGUACAUCAUGGGAGAACUCUUACUUUUACUGUAAAAUGUUGAAUGUCAUAGAAAUGCAAAUGAUGCUAGAAAACGAACUCAGCAAUAACAAGACAAAGUUGUUACAAUAAUGUAUCAUGUCAUUCUAUAGGAGAUUGUAUAGCAUUCUGCUCUGGUGACGUGCUUUCAUCUCACUGUUGUCCUUGUGGGUUUGAUAAUGGCUUUUUCUAUUUAUUUGUCAGUCAACCUUAUUGUUCUCCUUUUUGUUAUCUACAUUAUAUGCCUCCCAUUGCUUUCUUUAUUCUGAAACUUCAUAUUGUGAGUCUUCACUUUUGUAAACCAUUUAAUGUAAAAAGAGCUUGCUAAUUUUGCUUGUUCAUAUUAAUUAGGUAUCUCUUUAAUCAUAUGUCAUGCUAACUUGCUAAAUAUUGGAGGUUAUUUCCACCAAUAACAUUUUUGCAUAUAUUUGUAUGUAAUAAUCAUUCUGAUCAGUGUCAUGAAGAAACAGUUUGAUAAGUAUUUGUGAAAGAUGUAUAUAGUAUGGGUAGCAUUAAUUUAAUUAAACCCACACUUAAAUAUUCCGGUUAUAUUAAAUUAGCUUGUCCUUUGAAACAAAUAGUAAGUAAAAGGAGGUUUGGCAUAAAAAAUGAAUGUAAGUUUAGCUCAGUGCUCAGUUUUAUUUUUCCUCUUUUGCCAAAAUCCUAGAUAAUCAUGUUAGACCUGACAGUUUUUAUAGAAUUAAAUGCAGUGGGGUGAGGAGCCGGUAUUUAAAGGAAGCUACAAUAAAAACUUAAAACCUGUCCAUGAGAAAAUGUUAUCUGUUCUAAGCAGAAAAGUAAUUAUAAGGGUACUUAGCUAACUGCCUAGAAAUAGCCAGCUUUUCCACAGUACGUGGUUUUCUUUUCUUUUCAGUACAGUUGGGACAAGUAUGGAUGUUUCAGUCAGAAAUUGCUGAAGGUAGUUUCUCUUUUUUGUCCUAGAGCCAAAUGCUGUGAACUUCAUCACAUAAAUUCCGCUGAUAUAUUCGAAAUACUCUAUGCCUAAUACAGUCUCCUUGCAUAGUGGGCGAGAUUUUAGGUCCAAUGCAUGUAAUGAAUAGCGAUAAUAGCCAAAUGUGUAGGCAACAUGAUAAUCAAUCAAUUUUUUGCUGUAACAUAGGUUUAAUAUUUUAUAGGAUUCAAGUGUUUAUAGUAAUUGCCUAUGGUGCUAAAUUCUCAGUGAGUAGUACAGCUGCAGCACCAGCAGCAAGUUUCCACUCACAGCUCAUCAGACAAUAAGCAAAAAAGUCUGUAAGGUUUAACUCUAAACUAGAUGUAUACCAGUAAUUCAGGAUAUGUCGCUGGAAUAAUCCACAACAUUAGGGUGACCACUGACGUAUCUCCAGAAUACCAGACAUUCCAGUACUACUAGGAAUGGUAGGGGACCACCCCUACCUUUGUGACCCUGCCCUGACAGUCUGUGCAAGGUCACACCAGCAGGGGUGGAGCAGUGCGCUCUUCAGAAUGGCAUCUACCACGCAUGAUACUGGAUGAAACCACAUCUGGCUUUACAUCGUACAGGACAGGACAAACCAAACAAGAGCAGGACUGUCUGAAAACUGGAUUAGUGGCCUGCCGGUACAACAUUACAAUGCUUUGCAUUUGGUCAGAUGGAUAUGCCAUACUGCAGUAGUGUACUGAAUAAAUUUUAUAAGCCCUGAUUCAGCAAAGACUUAAGUGCUUAACUUUAUACACUGAACAGUACAAGUGAAUUCUAUGGAACUAGUCCCAAUGCACAAGGUUAAGCACAUAGGUAAGUCUUUUCAGGAUCAGGGCUAUAAUUCACUUAUGAGAAGUAUAUUAUAUAGAUAAAUAUGGCCUGAUUUGCAGAAGUUAUCCAUACAUUCCACUGAAGUCAAUGGGAGCUGCAGCUGCUCAGCAUUUUUGAAAAUCUGGCUAAUAAUGAAUUUCUUCAAAGUUUAUUCAACUAUAAUUUUGUGUGACUUUCCUUAAUCUGAACAGUCACCUAGCAUACAAUAGCCUCCUUUUUUUAGUUUAAUCUGGUCAGGCUCAAAAGAAUAUGUAGGAAAAAUGAUACCACAUGAACUAGUUCUUCACCCACAUGUUGCACUUUCUUCGUCAUUUUGGAGAACCCUCCUUAAUACCAAUAAAAGUUUUAACGUUUCGUUUUUUUAAAUUUGUUUUCAUUUUCAUUAGAGUUAGUACCUAUGGGCAACCUUGGUUGGCCAGCUGAGGUUUAUGCUACUAGCUGGCAAUAUACUCCAGUGUGUUUUUCUUGAAAAAUGACUUUUUGUUACAGUUACACAUCCUUUUGCCUGUGUUUUCUUAUAAGUUUAUAAAGUCUUUGGGGGCAAGGACUGUAUCUUACAGUGUAUUUUACAGCACUUAGCACAAUGGAGGCCCAGUCUCAGUUGAGGCCUCUGUAUGCUACUGUAAUACGCACAAUAAUAAAUUACUGAAAAGUCUCCAAAUUAAAUUCCAAAGACAUUGAAAAUCAAGGCUGUUAUUGUUAGUCCCAGUAACUUAAUUGUCAUCUCUCUGAACUGGUUCCUUAGAAUCGACUGUAGACUGGACAUGUGGCCUGUAUUUGCUAUUUUUUGUACAAGCUUGACUGUCUUUAGGAUCAAUUGAACAAGUGAAUUGAUUACAUAAGUGACUAGCACUUCCUUCACCACCAGAUAAAAGAGGGUCCACAGUUCAUCCAAUACUUAAAGCUGGUUUCUGGCUUCAUCAUUCCCUUAACUUUCACCAUUCUAAAUUUCAUUUUUUCUUACAUAAAAGAAAAUCUUAAAACACAAUCAUGGUUUGUUUGUUUGUUUGUUUUAAAUUCAGGUUCCAAGGUAGUUAAAUAACAAUCAACAGUAUGCAAUUGGUAAGAGAUAUUGUCUUGCCCCGGCCAUGUGGAGAAAAAAAUGGCUAUUAUAUGUUUAGAAAAUUUUUGUCUUGCUAGCUUUGAACUGAGUGAAACCUUUUAUCUCAAAAGACAAAAAGCAGGUAAAACAAUUCCUAAUUCUAAUUUGUAUUUACUGUGUUUUGCUUUUGAUCUUUCUUUUGCUUUUAAUACAAGAAUAAAUAUAAAAUAUCUUAAACAAAAUAAAACACUCAGAAGGAUUAAAGCGG